GGGAAAGUAGCCGUUUUGAGCUCUGCUACUAACAACUUUUUAAAAACGUCAUACGUCAAACGCGUCAUAUUACCUCACAAAGGGGAGCAACCUUCUCGGACUCCUUCUCUGACCGCGCCCCGGUAGUAGUUUGUUUGAGGGGAUGUGAUUUAGUGAGCUGGUAUUUUUUCGCUAGUUUUACAUCAUGGUGUGCUGUUGUGUUUGUGCUGGUUGCACAAACUCCAGCCUGUCAGGACAUCGAGUCCACAAUUUCCCUAACAGGAGAAGGACCGCCGCUAGCUUUCGUUCCUGGGUGCGUUUUGUGCAGGUGAACAGACGGGACUUCACUAGCGCAUCUGCGACGAAAAACGCGGUCGUUUGUGGCGCUCAUUUUAGACAGGAGGAUUAUGAUGCAGGUGAUGUGAUGCAGUUCAGGAUGGGAUAUCGAAGCCAGGACCGUGUGAGGCUGAUAGCUAGUGCGGUUCCGUCAAUACAACCAGCUUCUUUAUCAGCUCCGGUGGUGGCAGCAUCAGCAGCAGCAGCAGCAGCCGGUGGCGGGAGUGAUGGUCAAGGAUUGGUCAGAAAAUCUGAGAUUUCUUCUGAACACCCUGCGGUUGCGGGUGGGCUUGCAGGAAAGUCCACUUCGUCCUCUGGAGUGAAAGGAAACAUAAACCGGGACUGUGACAGCAGCUUGGAUCAGAUCACGGUUGUGAGGAUCGACGACACGCACAUCGCGGAGGAUAAAGACUCUGUGGUGUGCUACGAUGUGGAGUACUCCAUUCCCGCUGAGGAGGAGGCUAACGACGAGGACGACGGUGUCUACGUCAUCGAGUACUCAAACCCCGAAGAGGAGGGAGAGAGCUACCAGUUCACCAUGUCUGUGGAUCAACCACUGCCCACCAAAAAGCAGAUAGUUACACAUGCUGCGGCGAGAGAGAGCGUGAUGUCCAAACCCUCCAGACCUCAGAGGGUGCGGCGGAAGAGGGACCAAGAGGAGGAGGAGGAGGAGGAGGAGCAGGUGGUGAGUAAUAAGUGUUUGCUUGAGCUUGGGGAGGACUACAGGGACAUUAUGAGGAUGAACUCUGAUAAAGAGCAGCUGGUGUGCAAGCUCUGCCCGCCACCUGGACGCUUUUUCAAGAAACCUGCCGGUCUGGCCGUGCAUCUGAAACACACGCACCAGUUUGGGGGGAAGACGUUCUUCUGCACCACCUGCCAGCGGUCGGUCCGCACUCAGUUGGAUCUGGAUUCACACACCAAACGCCACGCCAAUCAGGAAGCCGUGUUCACCUGCCUGCUCUGCAAGGCGCAGGAGGGCAAGGCGGGGUACACAGGGGCCAAGCCCGGUCUGAGGAGACACCUGGAGCAGGAGCACCCGGGCGUCGUGCCGCGUUGCGACAUCUGCAACAAAGGCUUCCUGUCGCUCACGUCCUACCUGGCCGAUCAGUUCAGGCACGUCGGAGUGUCGCCGUACUACUGCGCCCGCUGUCAGAUCUACGAGAUGACGGAGCGGGGUCUGAGUGUCCACAUCAGGAACGACAACAUAAGGGAGAAGAAGCUGCAGGAGUCUCAGAACAACCUGCUGGAGCCUGAAAGCAACCUGAGGGAACUCGGAGUCUCCGUCAGCGACGAUAACUCCGCCACAGACGACUCUGACUUCUGACUCUAUUUGUUUUAUUUCCCUCAGUGUUUGAGGACUAAAGCAGCUAGGGAUGUCCCGAUCACCUUCUUUUGCUCCCGAUCCGAUUCCGAUCAUUUGAUUUUGACAAUUUGCCGAUACCGAU